ACUCUUCGCGAGAAGACGCGUUGGGAGACCCUUCGUGUUAGGGCGCGAAACAUUUGUUUUCUGAACCUGGAUCGCUUCCCUAGAUAGGCCGACAUAUACCGACACCCCGACCCUAGGCUCAGCCGCCCUAAAAUACCUCGCCCACCCCCACCACUUGGAAGACCCCGUUCGCUCCACCGCAAAGCAGCAGCAUCAAUCCAAGGAGCUACGACUAUUUACUUGCUCACAUAUCUUUUUUAUUUUUCUUUCUUUCCGCUUCCACGCAUUAUUCGGAAUUUACAGGCUUGCAUCUGCUCCAACUACGCAAUCGACCUCCGCAACGAAAGCCUUUUUCGAAUCUCUCCAGUACCGUAUCGUACCCGUAUUUGGAAGGGAACCAGAGGAUUUUUUUUUGCUCCGAGUUUCUUUCCUUCUUUCUUUUUUCUGCUGUAAGUACAGUGCGCUCUUCCUCAUCUCGUCGAUCGAAUCCAGACCAGUCUAGUGGCCGUUACCUCUUGUCUGUUUUUGAAUCUUUAUUUUGUUUUUUCUACCAUGCCCAUCGCACUCCUAUACACUUGCCCUACCUAUCAGGCUGGGGUAGAGUCCCGGAUUGUUUAGCAUCAUGUCCUUUCAUCUGGUUGGCUGCGAUCAUUUAGUAGUGGGUUCGGGCAUUGGAUAGUGGUUUAGAUGGGUUAGCAGCUCUGAGGGUGGUAGCGGGGCAACGGGGUAUCAGUUUAUGUGGGUUGGAAUAGUAGUGGGGGAAUGGGUUGCAUGCAGGUUGGGUUCUGAGUGGUAGUGGUGGUGGUGGUGUGUGUGUGUGUGGGGAUUGUCUAUUUUUUUUAUUUUUUUAUUUUUUUGAGGUUUUUUGGGACUUCUCGGGCGAACGAGACGAGCGAUCUCUGGUGAAGGGGGAAAGGACUCUCAACUGACUUGCAAUUUACGGGCUUUCUUCCAGGGUUCCGCGCACUUGGGACACCGAGCGAGACGAGACGGACGCACGCACGCAACGCAACGCAGCAACGCACGAAACGCAUCAAGCAGCCCAGCCCAGGCAGCCCAGGCAGCCCAACCCUUUUUAUUUUACUCUUUUUGCCCUUCCCCCCCCCCCCACCCUCGUGAGGGAAACAGAAAGGAAGGGAAAAAGGAAUAAAGUAUAAAAAAAUAAAAAUAAAGGAAAGGCGGAGAGGAAAAGUUUACGGUAGAAGGGAGAGGAGAGAGAAAGAGAGAGAGAGAGAGAACUCAACACUUCAGACUGAAUAGACGCACUCAGCCAACCCUCACCUCACCCCUCCCUCCCUAAACCUAUUUAAUCCUUUCCACUGGCUGUCUUGUGGUCAUUGCGCCCAGGCGCUGGAACUGCAUUGCAGAUGAACAGCAGUGAGUAUUAUUCCCCUCCGUGAUACGGUUCGUUUCACUGUCUGAAUUCAUCGUUUUCCAUUCACAAAUUUUUUAUUAUUUUUAUUUUUAUCCUCUGUUCCCUUCAUUCCUGUUGCUUCUUUGGAGUUCGAUUUCCCUGUUCCUUGUUGGCGGCACAUCAGCAGCCAGCAGCGGAAUGGGGAGCGAAAGAGACAUCGGGGCCUGCAGAAGCAUAAGCAUACGCAGCUCAUACACUUCCUCACCUUCCAUCCACUGGUUUCUCCCGCCCGCAGCUCUUCAUCAUUUCGCUUUCCUCAUUCCUUGCUUUUCCUCGACACCCUUCAUCCCUUCCCUUUCUUCCACCACUGUUCUCCGGCAGCUUCGACUCGGAUACAGCUGGGCCAGACCAUACCGACAGCCGGUAUUGCAUGCACCCUUCAAUUAGGUGUUGUUUUCCUCUGGUUGCCUGCCUUCCUGUGUCGUCCCCCGCUAUCUCCGAUGCAGGCAGCGCGGAAAGAGUGAUGCCUAGCGAGAACUGCACGUGCAUGGUGGGGCAGGAGUAAUUCCGCUUCACCCAGUUGAGUCGAGCUCGAGUCCGAGAUCUGUACUGUAUCCUGUCUGUACCGUACCGUAUUCCACUGUUCGCCUCGCUCUUUUUGUCACUCAACUCACGCAUUCGCUCUUCGUUUUUUUCUAUUGCCCAUUUGUAUCUACCUAUCCACUCUUUUUCCCCUUUCUCCUGUCACUCUUCCAUUCCUCCUUUCUCUGUCUGUCUGUCCGUCUGUGCUGCGCUGCACUGCACCGGUUUACACACCCAACGCAAUACAUCUAUCUGCAACUGCAACCGCAACCCAGGUGCACAGCCAUCCGAAGACGAAGACGAAGACGAAGACAGAAAGAAAGAAAGAAGGGGAGAGGGAGAAAGAGAGAGAGAAACAGAGAGUAGGAGGGGAAAAAAAAGGGGGAGAGGAGAUUCACCCCCUUGGGCAUUCUUUUUUCUCUUUUUUUCCUAUCAUCUCGCAUUAUUUCGUUUACAUCUCUGGAGUUACGCUGUCUCCUAUUUCGUGUUUUACCCAUUGUUGGCUUCUCUGCUUCUCCUUUCGAUCCGCCCUGCUCCCACUACUGCUGGGUGUGUGGGGUUGGCAGUGUGUCUGCGUGCUGCAUAUUAUUUCGGCUAGCAGUCUGGCUAACAGCGAUCUUCUCUUUCCUUGUGGGCUGCACAGGAUUUGGUCCCGUUCAAAUGUCACCCAAACCCGAACCUCUCGACACUUCGAGCUCGGCCGUGCAACGAGAUCAUCCUAUCUCGCACUCGCGCCCCGGUCCCGGUGCCAGUAAUAGUCGGUUUAGUGCAUCUCUGCCCGCGCUGCAGGAUCCACGGUGUGUGCUCUCCAUUUCGCUGUUUCCCUCCAUACCUUGCCUAUAUGCCACAAUCCACCUAUCAACCUUAUCCAGCCCACCCGCAACCACACUCCUUAUUCUCCUUCCCACUCCUUGAUGCCGUCGUCGCUUUUCGCGGUAUUGAGUCCUGUUGGUUUCUCCAUCACGCGACUUUCUGUUCCUCCUCAGCCAUGUUUAUUUCCUCCCCGGAACGAAGCUGACCACGAUUCUCCUCUCGCAGAUACUCAGCUACUAGCAGUUCUGGCUACGACUCUUCCAGCCCCACGUCGGCUGCUUCUUCAAUCGCCUACUCUCCAUUCCCAGGCGCCUUCCAACACACUUAUCCCACGAGUGCUUACCCCAUGAGUUCCGAUUCACGAUCAAGAAUCCCUCCAAUGUGCGUGGUUGUGCAAUUCCUGUUGCCUUUGAAGAAGAAGUAUUACUUACACAGCUCUCUUGUAGGCAAAGUCCUACUUCUGGUAUGGGUCCGCACAACCGCUCCUCCUCGGGCAGCACGAAAUCUGUCUCACCCUCACUUGGUUCGUCCGUGAGGGCAGACUAUGCUACAUCCACUCCCCAUCUUGGACGCCAUCUUCCUUCUCGAGGAUCUCAGCCGGAUAUUUUGGCACCACCUCAUUCCCCACUGGCGCCAACUAGCCGUCCUCUGGAAUCUCCCGCAAUCACCGUUUCCCCUACCGUCGGUACCAACCUUGCUUCGCCAUUACCGGGGCAACAUGACCCUACUUCUAAUGGUUUGGGCGUCAACUCUGCUGGCCCUCCCCUGGGGGAGACUCAACUCAUCCAUUCACUCACUUCGGCCGAUGGACACCUCGUCCGGCCAGAGAUUCACGCUCGUGUGGACAAGGGCUUCUUCCUCUCCGAGCGGGAUUGGACGUGCUACCGACGCAAUUACUUUUCGGUGAUUUGCUCCUACAGCCUACAACCCACCACUUAUUCGCUGCCGUUGUACCUGAGGAGAACUUCAGGGGGGCCCACAGAACACGUUCUCGCUUUCGCCAUGUGCAUCUCUGCAGUGGUAGACGCACCGGGUGGAAAGGUUGUUGAUCUUGUUCAGCACACUCCUAAACGAGACAAGGGCCCACAGCACAAGCCAAAUAGGAUAAAGCUUAGCCCCCAACCGACUGGGGGGAUGGCGUUUGCCGCCUCGAGUUCGAGCCCUGUGCUUCAGCAGCAGGUGCACUCGCCCCAGGCGGGAUCUUUAGACCGCGAGUACAGCUUCCCGCAACAGGCCCAGCAGCAGCAACACAUUGCCGUUUUUGACAGGAUCCAAUUCAAGUCGGCAACGGCCAACAACGGUAAGCGACGGGCCGCCCAACAAUACUACCAUUUAAUUGUCGAGCUUUAUGCCGAUGUCGGUAGCCCGUCUUCCCCAGCGACCAGUGUUUCCGGACACCCCUCAAAUCCGCAGGGUUCCGACGGAGGCUGGGUCAAGAUUGCAUACAGGAUUUCCGCCCCCAUGGUGGUACGCGGGAGAAGCCCAGGACACUACGCGGAUGAGCGAAGAACAAGCGCUUCCAGCCCUGGUGCAGGAGGGGGCUCCGGGAAUGGAAAUGGUACCCACCCCUCACCCACCUCUGGCGGAUCCGGUUUUAUGAGCCCGGACGGAGUACCUCCCGCUUCUGGUCUUGGAGGCUCAAGUUCCUCUAUAGGAAUGACGAGCCUGCAGCUGCAUACCACCGGCAUAUCGUCCAUGCAUUCAUCCCCCGCGACAUCUUCCAUACACAACCCUUCCGUAUCUAGUGCAUCCUCUUCCUCACAUCUUGAGCCUCCGAUUGACCCAAUCCUGGAUGCAGAGACUGCCUCACAACUAGAUUCUGGUUUCGUCGGUUAUCAAUAUUUCCCCUCGACUAUCUAUGAGUCCACCACCCAACCGCCUCCGCAGAAUCUUGAGAGCAAUUACGAAACUCACUCCUAUAGUAAUGAUCGAAAGAGUGAACAUCCUUUGGAAACAAACUGUCAACAGUUUGAUUCUGACGUGUCCUCUUACAUACCUGCAAGCAUGUCAAGCAGUGAUUCUUUGAGAAAGACGGCAAAGGAAGAGUACAAGGAGUAUGGCGCAAACUGGUUGGGUAGCGGCGCCUCGGUUGGGAGGGAGCAAAGGUUCAACAGCACGAGCCUUUACCCAAAAUGUGGGCGAUUUGAGCCGGCCGAAACCUCACGCGGUUACUACCCGGACCUCUCAGCUCUCUGAACGGAGAGGGGGAAGAAGAAAAAAGGCAAAUUGGGGCUCGAUUGUUGGCCAUGCUCAAUAUGGAUCGCAGCUCAAGUUAUUGCGCAUACGAAAGCUAAGCUCUUGUAAUUUUUAAACUAAUCGUUUUUUCCUCUUCAUUCAUAUCCUUUUCCGGGGUGUGCGUGAGCCCCGGUUGUGGGAUAUUUUCUUUUUCCUCUGUUUCUUUUGUGGUAUGUAACAUCACCUUGGGAUUUAUAGCAGGCAUUUAUCGAUCUUACGGAUGUUGGGGAAGCGGGAUAUCCUUUCAUUUUUAUUAUUAUUACUUUUGCCUUUAUUUCAUUUUCUCCUUUGGACUUUUCUUCUCUUUUUCUUCGCUUUUCUCUACUAUUUUUAUUCCUGGGUACAUUUUUGCGUCUUUCUGGAGCCAAAGCAUUGAUGACGUUCACGCCCUUCACCUGGUGCGCAAAAUCACCAAGGUGGUGCAUCGGGAAAACGCGUGCAACGAUUAAUGAUUAUAGGUAAAGGUCGACAAGGCAGGGCAAAGAAAGAAGUUGGGUAGAAAAGCAUUAGGGUUUCCAUUUUUCUUUUUCUUUUUCUUUUUCUAUUUCCUUCUUCGUUCUACCUUUUUUUUUUUCUUGUGUAAGAGAUUUUUCGGGGUGUUUUGGUCACGGCGAAGGACUGGGAAUUUUUCUUGAAGGAAAUACCGAAGACUGAAAGAUUACAAAAAAAGAGCAUGAACUGGGGGGAGGGGGUGGUUGAUUUGGUUGGUCAAGGGUGAGGUGAGGUGAAGGUAGCUGGAGUCCGGUACGAUAGGAGAAGGGGAUAUGGUUGAAGGAGAAGAAGGAAGGAGAAGGGGAAGAACAGAUUCCCCGAACAGAUAUUACAAAAGGCAGUAACACAUUGCUCGGGCUGGACAAAUGGAGUCACUGGUUGGAUUUGGGAUUUUGAUUUUGAUUUUUUCGGAGUAUUGUAGUGUCAUUUGGUUCUACGGAUGGGAUGGGAUAGGCAGGAUCGCAAAGCAAGCAGAGCAAAGCUGGGGGGACUUCUAUUUAGUUUUGUGUCUUUUUAUCAUACCAUUUUUCCUUUUUUUUUACUGCUUGGCUGGGGGACCUUAAGCUCUCUUCCUUCCGGGUGAUUGUGCGUUUCUGCAUUUGCUUUUCCCUUUUAUCAUUUUAUUUCCAGGGACUCUCUCCUCUUGAAUACCAGCAAAGUUUCCACAGGCUCAAAUACAGUAUGGGGAUCUGGUUUUUUUUUUCUCUCUUUCUUUAAUUCUCUCGGGAAAGAUAUUGUGGGGCGUUUUUUCUUCAUUUGUUCUAUGUGUUUGCCGGUAGGUAGAUUAUAAUAGGUUGGGAGCGGGCUGAGAAUGGAAGAGGGGGGGGGUGCGCGGGUUUACCAUCAAAUUUUAUUAAAAAAAGGAAAGAAAGAAUUCUCCACAUUUUCGGUUUUUUUUCUAUGAUACGGUACUCUUUUUUUUUUUCUUCUUCUUCUCCGCUCUCCCUCCUCCCCCUUCCCCCUCUCGGUCCCUGUUUUUGUCGUUUUAUUUUGCGGCACGUUUGAAUGGACGGACAUUUGAUUCCGGGGGAAGAGAGGGAGAGAGACCACUAAGCUAUCGUAUAAUAGGUCAAGAAAACAUCAUUCCCAGAUGUUGCGAUACGAUAACUUGCAGUACCGAUAGCUGCACUCGUACAGGUAUUUGAGAUGCACGGUGGUACAGUAGUAUUAUACGGUAGGCAGCGGUGGUAAUGGGUGUAAGCACAAUCGGGAUUCUGUCAUCACGCUGUGCGAAAAAGAUCUAUAAUACUACCGGGAUGCGAUGUGGGUUAUCAUACGGUACUGUACUAGUACUGUACUCGUACAUUCCUAGUACCGUGUACUGUAGUUAUGACAAUAUAUCAACCCCCCCUUUUCUUUUUUCCUUCAAAUAAAAAAUUGAACUU